AGUAGGAGCCCGAGCACCUCCCAGCUAUAAUUCUCGGCAGCACGUUUUUCCCUUAAGGUAUUCCCCCGCCAAAGAAAAAAAAAAAAGUGUUUAGGUGCAGCCCGCAUUUACAUCUGAAGCUCUCGCCAGGCCCACCAUCACCAUUAAGUAGCGGACAAUACGAGACAAGUCUUAAGUUUCGACGAGGAAACGUACCACAACAAAUCAACUUCUUACUUAAUUGGUACAUGAUUAAAAGUGGUUAAUAUGUCGUCGUUCAGUCCUACUCAAAUCUUCGAAGAGGGCACCACCGAAGAGAAGGGAGAAAAUGCCCGUCUCGCCGCCUUCGUUGGCGCCAUCGCAGUGGGUGAUUUGGUGAAGAGUACGCUUGGCCCCAAAGGAAUGGACAAGAUCUUACAAUCAGCUUCUACCUCCGAAAUCAUGGUUACCAACGACGGUGCCACCAUUCUUAAGUCCAUAGCCCUCGAUAACGCCGCAGCGAAGGUCCUCGUCAACAUAUCGAAGGUCCAAGAUGACGAAGUCGGAGACGGUACAACAUCGGUGGCUGUAUUAGCAGCAGAGCUCCUACGAGAAGCCGAGAAGCUUGUCGACAAAAAGAUACACCCCCAGACUAUCAUCGAAGGCUACCGGAUAGCAAGCCAAGCAGCCCUUCAAGCAUUAGAAGGCUCUGCCGUAGAUCACAGCAAGAACCCCGAAGCUUUCAAGAAAGACCUACUCGCCAUCGCACGCACUACACUAAGCUCUAAGGUACUCGCCCAAGAUAGAGACCUCUUUUCGAAGCUCGCUGUCGAGGCUGUACUGCGACUGAAAGGAUCCUCCGAUCUAAGCCACAUUCAAAUCAUCAAGAAGGCUGGUGGGAAGUUGAGUGACUCCUACUUAGAUGAAGGGUUUAUUCUCGACAAGAAGAUUGGAGUUAACCAGCCCAAGCGACUAGAGAAGGCCAAGAUAUUAGUCGCUAACACAUCUAUGGAUACGGAUAAAGUCAAGAUCUUCGGCGCGCGUAUGAAGGUCAGCUCCACUGGGAAGUUGGCCGAGCUCGAGAAAGCCGAGAAGGACAAGAUGAAGGCUAAGGUUGAUAGAAUCAAGGCGCAUGGUAUAAAUUGUUUUAUCAACAGGCAACUGAUCUACAACUGGCCCGAACAACUCUUUACUGACGCCGGCAUCAUGUCCAUCGAGCACGCCGACUUCGAUGGUAUCGAGCGCCUGGCUUUGGUCACCGGUGGUGAGAUCACAUCCACAUUCGACCAUCCAGAGCAAGUAAAGCUUGGCCACUGCGACUUAAUCGAGGAGGUCAUUAUCGGCGAGGACACCCUCAUCAAAUUCUCUGGCGUGGCUGCGGGCCAGGCUUGUACCAUUGUACUUCGAGGUGCUACAGAACAGUUGCUAGACGAAGCAGAGCGUUCACUACACGACGCGUUGGCCGUUCUCUCCCAGACUGUCAAGGAGCCGAGAACAACACUGGGUGGCGGGUGCGCUGAGAUGCUUAUGGCUAAAGCAGUAGAAGGCGCAGCGACUCGAGUAGAAGGCAAGAAGCAAAUGGCCGUAUCAUCGUUUGCCAUUGCUUUACGACAGUUACCGACCAUUCUUGCCGACAACGCAGGAUUGGACUCUAGUGAUCUUGUCGCUAGAUUGCGGAAAGCCAUUUAUGAUGGUAUGUCGACCUACGGUUUAGAUCUGAUGGCACCUGGUGGAGGAAUAGCAGAUAUGCGAGACUUGGGAGUGAUCGAGAGCUACAAGUUGAAGAAAGCGGUUGUAUCGUCGGCAAGUGAAGCCGCAGAAUUACUCCUAAGAGUUGACGACAUAAUCCGAGCAGCACCACGGAGGAGAGAAAGACACUGAUGGAAGUCGCAUGCAAUAAAAGGAUGUAAAAGUAACAUAGACUAGGCCUUAGACCAUGGCAAUACCCUGACAGAAUGAGCAGCUCGGCUUGUCUAGUACAAAUACGUCUUCGUGUGAGAUAAUAUUUGCGAUGAUCUUUAUAUGUACCUAACUCGGGUAGGCGAUAGGACCACUCUCGGACUAGGUAUGUGUGACGAUAUACAUAUGGGUAUUGUGGAGGAUUACAGGCAAUGACAUCCUCUUAGGCACGUUCGGGUUAAAACUGAAAACUCUUUAAGAAGGACGCAGUUCUUCGCAUAUCUAACGAUCUUCCGAUUCAUCGCCUAUUGUUCAUCUUCUACCAAGCAAUGCCGCGAUAAUGUAUUAUAGUACAAGCACUGACAUCUAAACAUCGAGCAAAGUUCCUUAGAUAUAACCCCAUCUUCUGGUAGCACACAGUAUAAUUUGCUGACACCGAAACUCCGACAAAAAGCAACUUGCUAGGCCCAUUUUCAAGCUCUAGUCCACGAGGUAACGAGUUCAUUUAUUCUACGUAAACUUCUUUUAAUAAAAAUGGAGUUUCAUACGUGUAGCUAGGACCGCUACAAGCAUACGAUUUGUAUAACCGGGGCUCCCGGGUAGCAGCGCUAAAUAAUUUCCAAGGGUUUCUAAUUCUAAAAAGCA